AUGACUCAACAACCAAUUCAAUCUCGUCCUAUUUUAUAUCUAGUAGGUGAUUCCCUCACUGAAUAUUCAACAAAGCCUGAAGGUCUUCAUUCCCGAUUAUUAAAUUGGAUGAACAUUAAAGUAGAUAUUAUUAAUAGAGGUUAUUCAGGCUGGAAUACUGAUUUGAUGAGAUUGGCCUUGGAAAAACAUUUUGAUCAGAGUUUCAAUUUAUCUAAUUCGGAAGAUUAUAAUAUUUGUGUUUUUAUUUGUUUGGGAGCUAAUGAUGCUUCUAGUGCUGAAUUACCACUUCCUAGACAACAUGUUCCAUUGGAGAGAUUUGGAGAGAAUUUGAAAAAGAUUAUUGAAAUGUUGAAGAGUGGAUUGAAAUGUAAAAAGUUGGAUGUCUUGUUGUGCACUCCUCCACCGGUUAAUACUCAACAAUAUGCUGAAUUUGUGAAAAAGUCUUAUAAUAUGGAUGUACUUGUGAGAAGUAGGGAGUUGGUAGCUCCAUAUGCCGAAAGUGUUAGAAAUAUUGUGAAAGAGUCUGUAUCAGAUGAUAAGUUUAAGGUUCAUUUGGUGGAUUUGUGGACACACGAUUGGGAAUCUGAAGAAUGCUUUACGGAUGGUUUACAUUUCAAUUCUAAGGGAUAUGAAAUCAUGUUCGAAAGUUUGAAACAAACAAUUAAGAGCAGUGUUCCUAAUUUCAACGGUGACUCAAUGCCAUUUUCUCAUAUGUAUUGGAGAGAUUAUCUUGAUUAUUAUUCUAAACAAGAUUCACAAUAA